AUGGACCUAUUUCCUUCAAGGAAUCUUUUUUCAAACCCCAGUUCGCCUUAAACGUUUGAACCAAACCCAUGUAAGAAGUUAUUUGUGAAUCCUCCAUUUACCCCUGAGUUUGGAAAUUAGAUUAAACAACCAAUUAAACUAUAAGUAACAGAUGGGAUUGGGAUUAACUAAAAAAAUUAAUUAGCAAUGAAAAUUUAAUAAUAGAAAUCAAUAGCAUUUUAAUACAAUUAGAUGGGUUCGCCAAGCACUCCUAAACGUAGGGAGAAAAAAUUAGAACAAUCGACUGGAGAGAAGAGUAAACAAAACCAACUAAAUAGGAUGAAUAAUAAGAAGAAGGUAAUUCGAAAUUUGAAUAAACAAUUUGAGGGAGAAACGGGGGUUCCAAAAAGCAGAUACCACGAGGAAUACAUUUAAGUUGAUGUAUUGGGAAGUGGUUAUUUUGGAUAAGUCUAUAAAUGUAAAAAUAGAUUUACAAAUUAAAUUUGUGCAAUUAAAUGCACAAAAAUCAAAUAAAACAAAUUAAAUAUAGAUUUGGCCAAUGAAUCUCAAGCUUUGGCUUAUUUAAAUGCUAAAGGAGCUUGUAAGAAUCUCGUUAGAUACUUUACUUCAUGGCAAGAGGGAAACAUGCUCUACUUAUUAAUGGAGUAUUGCGAUUACAGUGUGAGUUCCAGAUAGGACUAUGAGGAAUUCGAGAUUAAAAAGAUACUUAAAGACAUAACCAAUGGAUUGAUUUUCUUGCAUGAGCAACAAAUAUCACAUCUUGAUAUCAAACCAGAGAAUAUUCUGUAUAGUAGGAAGGAUGGUCAAUAUAAGUUGGCAGAUUUGGGUUUGUCAAAGAAAAUACAACAACGUUAGGAAGACGUGAGUGUUGGUGAUUUUAGAUACAUCGCAAAGGAAUUGUUGAAUCAGACUGACAAGUUGGAUCUCUGCAAAACUGAUAUAUUCUCUUUGGGUGCCACUCUAUAUUAAUUAAUGACGAGAAAGCAAUUACCUUCAAAUGGAGAGGAAUGGCGUCGUAUCAGAGAGGGCAUCCAAAUAACAGAUUUCCCUGAAAAUAUGUAUUCUCUUAGGUUGAGGAAGUUAAUUUGUAGAAUGAUGGAUCCUGAUCCGUUCUCGAGAGUUAGUGCUAAGGAAAUCUUGGAAGAUGAAUAUAUAUAUGUCAAGAAAGAGAAUUAUAUCAAAUGGGAAAAAAUACGUGGUUUGAUGCUUAGAAGACAGUUGGAUGAAUGUUUAAUUAAGCAAAGAUAACACAGUAUUUGA